CAUAAGAAGAUUGUAGUCCUGCACCGCACCCUCGCUUCCCUGCACCGCUUCUUCUUCCAUUUCCGCCAGCUUCGCCGGACCCUGCACGGCCCCUCGGCCUAGCCACAACCCUUCGUCAUUGACAACGAGCCUGGUGCGCUGGACAGUCCGGUACAUUCCUCACCGUCCUACGCCUACGAGGACGGCAUUCCUGCAACAUGCCAGCAGAUGACGACGGCCUGGCCGGCGGGGCCGCCUCUGACCAGUCACCGGUUGACGCGACCAGGCGAAAUUCGACCGCGUCCGACGUAAACAGCGCUACCGCCGGCAAUGCCCAACCUACGAAUACCAGGCGCGCGCCGUCGCAAAUCCCUGGCACGGGCGCCGCUUCUUCUGCUGCCGCUUCUGCGCGACAGCUCUCGAAUAACCCACCCGAUCAGUCCAACGCGAAGCCGCCUAGGAAGCCUGGCAUGGGCCGACGCACCACCUCCAACGCGAGGCUACACAAGGGCCAGGAAUUUUCCGUCGACGAUGCUGAGGAGGAAAUAGGUGAACUGCUCGCUCAACAGCGCCAGUCGUCCAAGAUGGCGUCAGGCUCAUUGCGCCGCGUCCCUUCAACUCUCCGCAGACGACCAAGCGCGCAGCCCCCACCGAGCCUCCCGAAAGUCGACUCCACCGAUGCCGAUGACGAUGAAGUUCAAGCCGAGGCUUCUGGGCCCCCCAGCAUGGGGGAUAUUCAGCCUGGCUCGUCGGGCGAAGACACUGUCCAGGGGGAGGACUCUGAAGAAAUGGUCGAGACUGCCGACGACGACGCAGACCUCAGCGACGCCGAAAGUUUUACCCUGAAGGACAGACAGGAGGCGAUAAACGAGACGCACCCUUUCGGUAUCAGGAUAUGGAAGCCCGCCUUGUACAAGAAGAAUCGCUCGGUUCAGAAGACUGCCGCGGAGGAUAUUCACUCGACUCCCGGUGGAUUUGUGAGCAAUUGGCUGUUGCUCUUCAACUUCAUGUGGACAAUUCUGUUUGGUUGGUGGCUGGCGGCAAUUCCCGCUGCCGCUGCCAUUGUCUGUUUCCUCUUUGGGUUCGCCGACGGCGCUGUUGCUUACGGCAAGACCUUCUCUGGAUUGGCCUGGUACCUUCUAUACCCCUUUGGCAAAUACGUCAAGCUCAUCCAAGAGGAGGCAUACCUGGAAGAAGACGAAGGAGAGGGUCGCAGCAUCAGCGAAUAUGAGCAAUGGCAGAGCGGAGACAUCGAGGAAGGCGGUCUGUUCUUUGGUCCCACUAGCAGGUCGUUGGUCGGACGUCGCCGCAACAGCCUUGACUCCGCGGAUGAGACGCAGAGCCUGCUCGGAAGACCCAGCAGGCGCAGCUCGGGCUCUGACCACGCUGCUGGUGCAAAGAGGCGUCUGUUCGGUAGAGGCAAGUGGAACGCUGGCAGAGUCUUCUUUUUCAUCAUCUUCUACGGCCUUCUCACCCCUGCGCUGUUCUUGGUAUCCGCAAUCUGCUGGCUCUUCGUUUUCACUAUUCCCAUGGGACGCGUUACCUACUUGCUGUUCGACCACCUCAGGAGGCAUCCUCUGGCGCUAUCUUUCCACUCUGAUAGCGCAGACAUUCGUCGUCCCGGUGAACCUGCAUCGUCCAUUCUGCUCUGCACAUAUAGGGCCGUUGGCAUCAAGUACUGGAAGUACACGAUUGACGGCACGAACAUCUUCCUUAUCAACCUCCUUGGAGUCGUCGCUUUUGUCAUUUUCGACUACUUUAUCCUCGAUGAGUGGCUCGGCCUUGAGAUCUGGCUUACCAACACUUUCCUUCUGUUCGCCUUGGCGUUGUUCUCCAUCAUCCCGCUCGCAUACUUCAUCGGGCAGGCAGUUGCCUCCAUUUCGGCGCAAUCGUCCAUGGGAGUUGGUGCGACCAUCAACGCAUUUUUCUCAACUGUUGUUGAAGUCUUCCUUUACUGCGUUGCUCUGAACCAAGGCAAGGCGCAGUUGGUGGAAGGCAGCAUCAUUGGCAGUAUCUUUGCUGGUGUCCUUUUCCUGCCUGGUAUUUCCAUGUGUUUUGGCGCUCUGAAGAGGAAGACUCAGCGUUUCAACGUGAAGUCGGCAGGUGUCACAUCGACCAUGCUACUCUUUGCAGUUAUCGGUUCCUUUGGACCCACCCUGUUUUAUCAAAUUUACGGAAGCCAUGAACUCAACUGCCACAGCUGCACCAAGGAUAGCUUCGAUGACAACGAUAGAGACUGCCGCCGUUGCUACUUUUCGCAGACUCCUGCCGUUCACGAUCGCUUCUACCUUGAAGCUGUCAGGCCUUACACCUGGUUCGCGGCAGUUUUGCUCUUCCUUUCGUAUGCAAUUGGCUUGAUCUUCACCCUCCGUACCCACGCGGCUGUCAUUUGGAACACUGAGGCCGACGAGAAGAAGUACGAGAAGAUGGACAUGGCUGCUAGCAACUUGGCCGCUAGCGGUAACCUCGAUCAUCAACAUCGCCGCCCUGGAACGAUGAGCCGCGGUGAUACGAUGGGCUCAUACGGAACUCUGUCACGCUCCGACAUCCGCAACUCUGACCUCUACAAGCGUAUCCUCGGCCAAUCGCUCAAGCAGAUCGGCCUUCCCCCUGAUUUCCCUGCUGACAGGACCCGUUCUAAUGCGCCGACCGGUGGUAAUACCCCCCAUGUGGUGCCUCCUCAAGAGUCAGAGGAUGGCAUGGAAACCCGUAGCCAGGUGAACAUGCCUAUCCAUGGUAUGACCGAGGAAGAGAACAACCAGCUUGUCCGUCAGGUUGCAGAGAUGGCCGCCACGGCUGCCGCUGUUGCUGCUAGGGACGCCGCCAGGAUGCCCAGGCGGGCUUCGCAUGUGGCUUCCAUGAGAAAUGCGGAACGGCCAACAGCCGCGAAGGUUCCGGUUGUUCCUGGCAACGACGAUAUCGCUGACACUCACACGGCGGCCGACGGAGAGCAUGCCGCUGGCGGUGGCCACGACGCGCCGAACUGGAGCCGAACGAAGAGUGCAGUUAUUUUGCUGACGGCGACUGUGGCGUAUGCUAUUAUCGCCGAAAUUCUGGUCAACACGGUCGAUGUGGUUUUGGAGAACGUAGAUAUUGACGAAAAGUUCUUGGGUAUCACGCUGUUUGCCCUCGUCCCCAACACUACCGAAUUCCUGAACGCCAUCUCCUUCGCCAUGAACGGCAACAUUGCGUUGUCGAUGGAAAUCGGUUCGGCGUACGCGCUUCAGGUCUGUCUGUUGCAGGUGCCCGCGCUUGUCCUUUACAGCGCCAUCCACGGGCAGUACGUCGAUCCGGGUGAGAUCAUUCACCACACCUUCACCCUCAUCUUCCCGCAAUGGGACAUGGUAACGGUGAUCCUGUGCGUUUUCCUGCUCUCGUACAUGUACGGCGAAGGCAAGAGCAACUACUUCAAGGGCUCGAUCUUGAUCCUCUCUUACCUGGUCGUCAUUGUGGGCUUCUACUUCACGGGCUACAACGACAUGGACGUCAUGGAGGUUGACCGCUACAACACGCUCGCCAUCCGCCCGGACUCGGAGAUGUUCAGCCAGAGCUUCAAGACGAGGGGCGGUGGACAUAGCGGAAGGGCGUUCUAGACGGGACGUGUGAGCACAAGGUGAUUGAUGUGAGAGAGAACGGCGAAAAAAACGGCAAUGUGAGAGGGUAAGUGAUGCAGGAAAGGGGAUCGCGUGGCAUAGCGCGGCGUUGGCUGUCUGUGACUGUGUCUGUGUAUGUGUAUGUCUUCUCUUCUCUCUUUCUCUCUCUUUCCCUCCUUCUCUCUGUUUCGGGAGCAAACCUUUCGUUUUUCUAGCUCCCAUACGGCGGCGCUGUUGCAUACAUAAUGAAAAAUUACGAGCGUUUAUGAUGGUUAGUAAUGGAGGAAGGAGGGGUGUGGAUUUGGUGUUUAGAUUUUGCACGUUCGCAUUUAUAUGAAUAAAUACAAAUAAUUCUUUUUACGU